AUACCUUCAACGAGCGACGGCUACGUAUCAUCAUCGCAUCAUCUCCGCGUUCUGAUCUGAACUCCCCGCUCACUUCGUCGCAGCUGUCACAACGGCCUAGCGAGAGACGACGGACGAUGGCGGGGCUGCUGGCAUGGGCGGCGGACGUCGUCGGCGGUGGAGCCAGCGACGGAGAGGACGAGCGCGACUCGAUCCCGGUCCUUUUCACCGAAGAGCAACGGCGUUACGUGCGGGAGCUGGAUCAGAAGGCCGCCACUCUCGGCCGUUCGAUCCAAGAUCUGCGGGCGAGGAUCCCUCCGCAGGACAUCGCCCAGCGCCUCCCGCACCUACACGCUCACUCGCUCGCCUCCAACGCCGCUCUGGCGCUCCAGUUGAACUCUCACUCCACCACGCGCGAACAGGUCCAACUGAGGGAAGUGACCCUGCGAGAAGAAAAUGCCGCAUACGAAAAGGCUAUCUCGAACUGUGAGAUCAAAGUUAAAGAGAAAGUGCAGGAAGCUGACGCACUUCAAAGGAAGUUAGUGGAAAUGGAUGAGAAUGAAAAGAAUUUGAAUGCUGCACUGGAAAAUGCUCAAUCAGCCAUUGAAGUUGACGAAUCUCAUCGUUGUCCGGAGAUAGUGGUUGAAUCUAAAUCCCAACCAGAUAUUCAACCUGGAUUGGAUGCGGAAACGUCUAAGUCUACUAUGCUAGAAAACUUGGAGAGCAAGAAGAAAGAGUUGAGUGCGGUGGAGGAGAAAGUUAAAAAUGUAGAGAAGAGAUGGGCGCUAAUUCAGGAAAAUGCACUGAAACAGCCUUCACCAGCUCAGAGAGAGAAGAUAUUGGAUAAACAGCUGCACUGUUUGCUGGAGCAAUUGGAAGCAAAGCAGGCCCAAGCAGAAGCCUUGGUCAGUGAAGUUCAUCAGAAAGAAAAGGAACUAGAGAGGUUUAAUGGGCUGUGGAAGAGGCUGGAGAGUAAUUCCCUGGAGGUGAAUGCUGCGAGAAACCGGUUUGGAAGAAGCAUAUUUGACAAAGGGUCUGCUUCUUCAGAUUACACAGUUGACGUGCAACACAAACCCUUCUUUACCAUUGGCCGUUGGGACAGCCAGCUGAGGCCUGCUGUGCUGAGGUCUGGUUUCGUGCUUUAUAUUUUAGCUUUGCACAUCCUAGUCUUCCUCAAGAUUGCCUUGUAGAUGCUCUGUAUGAGUUAUUCGUGUUUAUAAUAUGAAAUUUUCCUUACAAUGUUAUCUGUUCUACUUUUCUUCAAUGGCUUUAUUUCUCUGGAGGUAAUCCAGAUUCUUAUAAGUUCAAAUAAGUAGCUUCAUGUAAGCUAUAAUAUCACUAAACAAUGUGUUUUAAAAGCUUACUUCAUCUUGUGUCUGGUA